AUGCCUUCUUACAGCUUCGAAGUUGCCAAAGCCGUGCUGAAUGACACCGACAAGAACCGCAUACUCUGCAUCUACCUGAGCAGCAAUCAAACGGCAAUCAACUGGCAAAAAGCCACCAACGACUUUGGAUCCGCUAGUGUCGAGAGCUUCAUAAAGAUGAAUGUCAAGAUGCUCAAGAAGAUCGAAAAUGCGGGUGGCUUGGAAUCCGGCGAAAACAUGGCUCCGCCUCCAGCCAAAGCCAAGAAAUCACGAGGGAAGUUGUCGAAAGAUUGCAGCGAUAGUGAUGCGGACGAAUCGCCACCUGAAAAGCCUAGGCGCAAGGCUGCAAGGAGAAGUUGCGUUGUUCCUUACGAGACUCCAGAAAGCGACAAUACAGACGAUAUGCUGAUCGCCGAGGGAGCCGUGUCUGAGGGAGAAGUGGACGUCGUCGAGCUGUUGUGA